UGUUGCCCAAGCAGCUGGCGCUGUGGCUAUAUAAGGAGUCCUUCCUGCUGCAGAGCACUCCAUUGUCGUUGCAUUAUGUGGCACUGGCUGCGCUUCCUGCGACGCGAUCAGCCGCUGGGCGUUUACUUCUUUGCCGUGCCCCGCCUCAGUCUGGAAAUCAUGGGCUACUGGCCGAUAGGCGAGCCCCUGCCCAUCCGUUCCAUUGUGCACUUUGUGAUACUGUCCAUUGGCGUGGUCACGGAGCUGCACGCGGGCAUUGCGUUUCUGCGCCAGACGCAGAUCACCCUGGCCCUGGAGACGCUCUGUCCGGCCGGCACCUCCGCCGUCACGCUGCUGAAGAUGCUGCUGAUGCUGCGCUAUCGCUCGGAUCUGGCCAAUAUGUGGAAGCGACUGCGACAGAUGAUCUUCGAUGGGGGCCUGAACAGGCCCCAGCAGCGGGCCAUCAUGCACGAGCAUUCGGUGAUGGCGGCGCGCAUCAAUUUCUGGCCCCUGUCCACGGGCUUCUUCACCUGCACCACCUACAACCUGAAGCCGCUGCUCAUUGCCCUGGUGCUGUAUGUGCGCGAUCCCGACCAGCCGCUGCUCUGGAACACACCCUUCAAUAUGACAAUGCCACAAGUGCUGCUCGGAGCGCCGUUCUUUCCGCUGACCUACGCCUUUAUUGCCUACACGGGCUAUGUGACCAUCUUCAUGUUCGGCGGCUGCGACGGCUUCUACUUUGAGUUCUGUGCCCACAUCUCGUCCCUCUUUCAGUCACUGCAGGAGGAGAUGCGCGCCAUCUUUCGCCCCUACGCAGCAUACCUUAAGCUAACGCCGGCCGAGUGCGUGCUACUGGAGCUUCAGCUGAGGGACAUUAUCAUCAGACAGAAUGCCAUCUUCGAGCUGACGAGUUUCUUCAGGAAACGCUAUGCGAUCAUUACGCUGGCGCACUUUGUGUCCGCUGGACUGGUCAUCGGUUUCAGCAUCUUCAAUCUGCUGACCGUUGGCAACAACAGCCUGGGCGCCCUGCUCUAUGUGGCCUACACGGUGGCCGCCCUCAGCCAGCUGCUCGUCUACUGCUACGGCGGCACUCUGGUGGCCGAGAGUAGCAUUGAGCUGUCCCGUGUGACGGCCGCUUGUCCCUGGACACUGUGCGCGCCCAGGCAGCGUCGCAUUAUUCUGCUGCUCAUACUGCGGUCCCAGCGAGCACCGACCAUGGCGGUGCCGUUCUUCUCGCCAUCACUGAACACAUUUGCAUCGAUACUACAGACGUCUGGCUCUAUUAUUGCAUUUUCCAAGUCCUUUCAAUAGUUGGGAAUAUCGGUGGCAGGCGCAAGUGGAAGUG